GCCGGCAAUGCCGCCGAUGGCGAUGGUCCCCCCUUGGACACAACCGUUGCGGGUCGAGAUUCAUGCAUUGGCGAUGCUCUGCUAUGCCACACAUGCUAUUUCUAGCCAGCCACGACGUAGCUGGCUGUUUGUAGGGGUCUCUUCCCUUCUCGGAAGAUUCUUCCAUCGAGAUCCUUUGUCUUGGUGCCUGUUGAGCUUUGGAUGAGAACUACCAGUACAGUACGAUAUCAUGGCAUACCGAGAGGAGGUGUUGAUGAAACGAGUGGCAAUUCGUUUCGACGACGGGGUGUUCUAUUCUGGAUUGAUCCAAAAAGUGGAGCUGUCAGUGGGAGAAGAUGGCAAAAUUGAAAGCCAACACUGGGUAGUCUUUGACGACGGCGAUCAACGUUUCUUUGAUAUUGCAGAGGAAGAAGGGGACGGGAGACUAAAGUGGGAGGAAAAGUCUCAAAAGGCUUCUGUUGCAUCCGCAUCCAACAAUAGCAGUGGCAAGCGAAAAGCCCCAGACAGAGCAACUGCGUCUGGAAGGAAGAUCAAGAAGAAGGAGGAGCCAGAGGAAGAAGUUGAUGUUACCGUUGUGGCAGUAGCACAGACUCGCAAGAAGGCAAGCCUAAGCAAAGCAAAAGAAGACGACGAAACUGAGUCUGAUGAUGGGUCUGAAGUCCAAGCAGAAGUACAAGAAGACGCUGACUAUCUAGAUACCCUGGCCCCUGCUGAUUUCCCAGAUAGUAUCCCCAAAGUGAUCAGAUUGAUGGACCAACUUGAACCUGGGAUGAACUAUUAUGAACGCCAAGCUGACAACAGGGGAGAGUGCUCCAAAAUACGAAAGAAGCUCCGUGACUUUGCCCAGAAAGAACCGGACCAUCCAGGAAUUGCUCAUUGGGUAGAGACAAAGAAAUGGAAGCCACCCAAUUUGGAGUCCCUUCGAGCUUUGAUUGAAUUGCUCAAGACCAAGAUCGACUAGCGAGUUAGACUUCGAUUAGCAGGGGUCUGGCUCGGUGGCGUGCUUUGGAAUCGUAGGUAGCUAUUUGGACCAGUCAAACAACAUGCAUGUUUUGUGGAAGCUGCCAUCAUCUUCGCAGGGUAUCCAAUAUCAUAUCCAGGUAGCACCCACGCAAAAGCUCCUGGUGGCUAAUCCAACCAACAUAUUGCGAUACGAAGGGGUGGGGCAAGAAGAUGAUAGACUUGGAGGAGGAUAAACUAAAUAAUAGCUGACUGAACGCACUCUCCAUGUGUUCGGAGAUCCAAACACCAUAGUUGACCUUGACCUGAGCAAUACAACU